AUGCCCCUUACCGAAUAUCUCGAUAAAAAUAAGGAAAAAAAUGGAGUUGAGGAAUUCGACGAUGAAGAUACAGAAGAAAAUGAAAUGGAAGGAUAUAUGGAGAAUGAUAGCAUUCAUAAUGGUAAGGAAGUUGAGGGAACAAAUGUAAACAAAGCUGAAGGUAAUACCUUAGGUACUUCAUCCUCAGGAUUAACAAAAAAGCGGGGAAAGACGUUAUGUCGAAAAAUUCAUGGACGACAAUUCAAAGAUAGACAAGAGAUCACCUUGAAUGAAGAAGGACAACCAAUUGGGCCAGAUGAAAAGACAGUGUCUGAACUCAGUAGUUUUUUGGGGACACUAGGAAGAAGUUCAGAUUUAUGUCCUCUCACUUUCACUAGUUGGAUUGAUUUGGUUAAGCAUUGGGAGGAACACAAUUUGGAUCCCGUGUGGGAUUAUGUCAAUGAAAAAUACAAUAUCCCAAAGGAAGGAAAAAAGGCUGUAUUUGCUAUUACAAAUGAUGCUUGGAGACGAUACAAAUGCUCGCUUAAAAGGAAGCAUUUUAGCAAGUAUAAAACCUUGCGCGAGCAGCUAAAAAAUCGUCCACAAGAGGUAUCAGAAGAAGAUUUUAGAAAGUUAUUGGAGUAUUGGAGAGAUGACAAAACUCUAGAAGUCAGUCAUCAAAAUGCCGAAAAUGUAGCUCAACUGAAAUGGAGACAUCAAAUGGGGAAUAAAGGUUUUGCUGUUAUAAGAGAAAAAAUGCGUGAAAAUAAUGAAGAUAAAGAACCUCCAACUCAAGCUGAAAUGUUCAUUGCUACUCGACAAAGUAGGAAAGGAAAGAAGUUGGAUCAAGAAACCAACCAUGCAAUUAUAAAACUUCAAGACUUGAUUGAAAAUCAUGGAAAACCUUCUUCAGAAGCUUUUGAAAGCGUAUUGGGCAAACAAAAACCUGGGAGAUUGCGUUGCCACGGAAGAACCACAACACCGACUCUCUUGAAAAGAAACGAAGAAAUUUCAAAAAUUAAAAGAGAGCAUGCUGCUGAGAUUAGACAAUUUAAUGACAGGUUACAAGAGAUGGAAGAAAAACAUCGUCAAGAUAAAGAAGAAACUGAUAGGAAAAUUCAGGUUCUUCUUAAGACUAUUUUGAAUCAAAAUACCUCCGAGUUGAAUAUAGAGGCUUUGGCAGCUUUGAUAUCAACUCCUGCAACUGAUGCUAACAGUGUCUUACGUUCUUCUACAUCAACACAUGCUCCAACUAAUGAUCAAGUCAUGAAUGAUAAUAUCAAUGAAGAUUUUGAAUUUGAAGAUGAAGAAACGUAG